CUAGCUAUAUGCCGCUAUCCUCUGGGCAUGUCAGGAGGCCAGAUUCCAGAUGAGGACAUCACAGCUUCCAGUCAGUGGUCAGAGUCCACAGCUGCCAAAUAUGGAAGGCUGGACUCAGAAGAAGGAGAUGGAGCCUGGUGCCCUGAGAUUCCAGUGGAACCUGAUGACCUGAAGGAGUUCCUGCAGAUUGACUUGCACACCCUCCAUUUUAUCACUCUUGUGGGGACCCAGGGGCGCCAUGCAGGGGGUCACGGCAUCGAGUUUGCCCCCAUGUACAAGAUCAAUUACAGUCGGGAUGGCACUCGCUGGAUCUCUUGGCGGAACCGUCAUGGGAAACAGGUGCUGGAUGGAAAUAGUAACCCCUAUGACAUUUUCCUAAAGGACUUGGAGCCACCCAUUGUGGCCAGAUUUGUCCGGUUCAUUCCAGUCACCGACCACUCCAUGAAUGUGUGCAUGAGGGUGGAGCUUUACGGCUGUGUCUGGCUAGAUGGCUUGGUGUCUUACAAUGCUCCAGCUGGGCAGCAGUUUGUACUCCCUGGAGGUUCCAUCAUUUAUCUGAAUGAUUCUGUCUAUGAUGGAGCUGUUGGAUACAGCAUGACAGAAGGGCUAGGCCAAUUGACUGAUGGUGUGUCUGGCCUGGACGAUUUCACCCAGACCCAUGAAUACCACGUGUGGCCCGGCUAUGACUAUGUGGGCUGGCGGAACGAGAGUGCCACCAAUGGCUACAUUGAGAUCAUGUUUGAAUUUGACCGCAUCAGGAAUUUCACCACCAUGAAGGUCCACUGCAACAACAUGUUUGCUAAAGGUGUGAAGAUCUUUAAGGAGGUACAGUGCUACUUCCGCUCUGAAGCCAGUGAGUGGGAACCUAAUGCCAUUUCCUUCCCCCUUGUCCUGGAUGACGUCAACCCCAGUGCUCGGUUUGUCACAGUGCCUCUUCACCACCGAAUGGCCAGUGCCAUCAAGUGUCAAUACCAUUUUGCUGAUACCUGGAUGAUGUUCAGUGAGAUCACCUUCCAAUCAGAUGCUGCAAUGUACAACAACUCUGGAGCCCUGCCCACCUCUCCUAUGACACCCACAACCUAUGAUCCAAUGCUUAAAAUUGAUGACAGCAACACUCGGAUCCUGAUUGGCUGCUUGGUGGCCAUCAUCUUUAUCCUCCUGGCCAUCAUUGUCAUCAUCCUCUGGAGGCAGUUCUGGCAGAAAAUGCUGGAGAAGGCUUCUCGGAGGAUGCUGGAUGAUGAAAUGACAGUCAGCCUUUCCCUGCCAAGUGAUUCUAGCAUGUUCAACAAUAACCGCUCCUCAUCACCUAGUGAACAAGAGUCCAACUCGACUUACGAUCGCAUCUUUCCCCUUCGCCCUGACUACCAGGAGCCAUCCAGGCUGAUACGAAAACUCCCAGAAUUUGCUCCAGGGGAGGAGGAGUCAGGCUGCAGCGGUGUUGUGAAGCCAGUCCAGCCCAGUGGCCCUGAGGGGGUGCCCCACUAUGCAGAGGCUGACAUAGUGAACCUCCAGGGAGUGACAGGAGGCAACACAUACUCAGUGCCUGCCGUCACCAUGGACCUGCUCUCAGGAAAAGAUGUGGCUGUGGAGGAGUUCCCCAGGAAACUCUUAACUUUCAAAGAGAAGCUGGGAGAAGGACAGUUUGGGGAGGUUCAUCUCUGUGAAGUGGAGGGAAUGGAAAAAUUCAAAGACAAAGAUUUUGCCCUAGAUGUCAGUGCCAACCAGCCUGUCCUGGUGGCUGUGAAAAUGCUCCGAGCAGAUGCCAACAAGAAUGCCAGGAAUGAUUUUCUUAAGGAGAUAAAGAUCAUGUCUCGGCUCAAGGACCCAAACAUCAUCCAUCUAUUAGCUGUGUGUAUCACUGAUGACCCUCUCUGCAUGAUCACUGAAUACAUGGAGAAUGGAGAUCUCAAUCAGUUUCUUUCUCGCCAUGAGCCCCCUAAUUCUUCCUCCAGCAAUGUACCCACUGUCAGUUACACCAAUCUGAAGUUUAUGGCUACCCAAAUUGCCUCUGGCAUGAAGUACCUUUCCUCUCUUAAUUUCGUUCACCGAGAUCUGGCCACACGAAAUUGCUUAGUGGGUAAGAACUACACAAUCAAGAUAGCUGACUUUGGAAUGAGCAGGAACCUGUACAGUGGUGACUAUUACCGGAUCCAGGGCCGGGCAGUGCUCCCUAUCCGCUGGAUGUCUUGGGAAAGUAUCUUGCUGGGCAAGUUCACUACGGCAAGUGAUGUGUGGGCCUUUGGGGUUACUUUGUGGGAGACUUUCACCUUUUGCCAGGAACAGCCCUAUUCCCAGCUGUCAGAUGAACAGGUUAUUGAGAAUACUGGAGAAUUCUUCCGAGACCAAGGGAGGCAGACUUACCUCCCUCAACCAGCCAUUUGUCCUGACUCUGUGUAUAAGCUGAUGCUUAGCUGCUGGAGAAGAGAUACGAAGAACCGUCCCUCAUUCCAAGAAAUCCACCUUCUGCUCCUUCAACAAGGCGACGAGUGAUGCUGUCAGUGCCUGGCCACAUUCCUACGGCUCAGGUCCUCCCUACAAGACCUACCACUCACCCACGCCUAUGCCACUCCAUCUGGUCAUUUAAUGAACCUGAGAGACAGAGGCUUGUUUGCUUUGCUGUCUGUUCCUGGUCACCCCCACUCCCUACUCCUGACUCAUAUAUACAUUUUUUUUUUUUUUUUACAUUAAAGAACUUAAAAAAAAAAAAGCCUAGGGCAGAUACAAUCUAGUAAAAGAAAAUCUUACUUGAUAUACCAAAAUGUUGGAUAACAAAGGCUAGAAAAUUCAGAUAAUUUAUAAAGGUUAACUAUGCUUGUGCUUAUAAAUGUGCAGAUUCUACAAUACUUUUCCAUGUCACUCUAAAAGAAUCUUCAGAAAGAAAAACUUGAAGAAUACUAAUGUCUUGGGAAACAUGAGAUUAAAUUUAGGGAAAACACUUGAUAGAUGUGGAGAAUCUGAGGACUCAGAAUUCAGCAACUAAUCACAGGUGGUUUUCUAAUUUGGCCUCUGGACAUGUCUCACUGUUUGCAUUUCUCUCUCUUGUCAAAGUGAAUGAUAUAUUCUUGAAACCCCCCAAUUUCUUGAAAUGGGUGUUCUGCUCAUUCAUAGACAGGGGUCAGGGUUGAAGUUCAUAUAUGAAACAACUGGGGAUAUAGAUAGGAAAGAAUGUUUGCUGCAAGAGUGUAUGAAGGGGGAUUGUCAUUUAGAGAAAAAAAGUACCUCAUGGAUGGAAGGAUUCAUGAAUAGAUAAUGGACAUAGGAAAGGAGGUCAAUGGAGGACACAUAACAGAUAUGGUAUCCAUCAUUUAUUUGUGAUUUUGUAAGAGGGUUGUUUUCUUUGUCUUGUUCAGAUAUUUUCAUGUGUGUGUUUUAGUGAGAAUCUGAGUUUUUAAUCAGUAAAGGCUGAUGUUUUGAUA